CUUCCCGGUCUCUCCUCUGUUUCCUUCUCGUCUGGAGAGUGUAAACCUCAAAAACCCAAAACCCUCCGCUCUCCUCCGUUUGAUCUCCGUCCAAGGACAAUAGCGCCAGAGGCCGCGUGAAGUCUCCUCGUUCUAAUCGAACUUUUUCUGUAAAUUUUCUGUAAAAAGUCUCCACCUUGGUUUGGCUUCAUGAAGUUGACAUGCUUGAGCAGAGGUAAAGGGUUCUACUUUCCCCCAUGUCACAUGCUGAGCGUCUGUGGGUUUAGGAUCUUGAUUGACUGUCCCCUGGACCUGUCUGCUCUCGCUGUUUUCGCCCCUAUACCUCCCGGAUUUUCUGCUGCGCAAGAUGAAGAGGGUUUUGAACAUUCAGUUGAUGAAUCCGAUGGCUGUGAAUCUGGGAAUCAAGAGGGGAAGGAUAUGGAGAAGCCCAUGAAUGCAAAGGCUUUGAUUCGUUCCGAACCGUGGUACAAAACGGUGACGAACCUGCACUUGUGGAACCUCUCUUUCAUCGAUGUAGUGUUGAUCUCGAGCCCCGUUGGGAUGCUCGGGUUGCCGUUUCUUACUCGAGCUAAGGGCUUCUCGGCGAAGGUAUAUGUAACCGAGGCGGCAGCGAAACUUGGGAAACUUAUGAUGGAGGACCUUGUUUCAAUGCAUGAGGAAUUCAGGCAGUUUUAUGGACCUGAAGAAUUCGGUAGUCCUCACUGGAUGAAGUGGGAGGAGCUCGAAUCACUUCCUUCUGCAUUGAAGGAGAUAGUAUUGGGCACUGAUGGGAUCGAGCUUGGUGGAUGGAUGCCAUUGUAUAGUGCAGCUGACAUAGAGGAUUGUGUUAAGAAGGUUCAAAAACUCAAAUAUGCGGAAGUGGCAUGCUACAAUGGCACAAUAAGUAUCAAACCAAUCAGCUCCGGAUUGGAAAUAGGAGCCUCUAAUUGGACAAUAAGAUAUCCGGAUGGAACGAUUGGAUUUGUCUCGAGCUCUGAAUUUGUUCCUGGUCAUGCUUUGGAGUUUAAUUAUAACGCUCUUCGAUCAUGCGAUGUGCUAAUAUAUUCAGAUUUUUCAUCUCUGGAUGUCCUGGAACCUGCCAACAAGGGGAGUAAUCACACUGCUCCUGAGGAUUCUUCAACUUCGAGUGAUCUGGAGGAGCUCUUACUUCAUGCUGACGAGAGCUCAGAGGAAACGGACAAAUUGAACUUUAUAUGCUCCUGUGCAGUUGAUGCUGUUAAAGCCGGUGGUUCAGUACUCAUUCCUAUAGGACGACUUGGAAUCAUCCUACAACUCUUGGAGCAGAUAUCUAUUUGCCUGGAAUCAUCACAUAAUAAGGUUCCCAUAUUUGUUAUCUCGUCGGUAGCAGAAGAGUUAUUGGCAUAUACCAACAUAAUACCUGAGUGGGUGUGCAAACAAAGGCAAGAAAAGUUGUUCUCUGGUGAGCCAUUAUUUGCACAUGUUGAGCGUUUGAAUGGAGAAAGGCUGCAAGUGUAUCCUGCAAUUUACUCACCUAAGCUAUUACUUCAUUGGCAGGAGCCGUGCAUUGUAUUUUGUCCUCACUGGAGUUUGCGACUUGGCCCGGUUGUUCAUUUGCUCAGACGUUGGCAUGGGGAUGAAAGAUCAUUACUCAUCUGGGAGGAGGGCAUGGAUAGUGAUAUAGCUCUCUUGCCUUUUGAUCCGAAGGAGAUGAAGAUGAAGGUCCUUCGAUGUUCGUUUCUUUCGGGAAUAGUGUUGAAGAAGGUUCAACCUUUAAUCCACGUAUUGCAACCGAAGUUUGUUGUGUUACCUGAAGAUUUUAGGCAGCAGAUCAUAUCACCAAUAGCAGACUCAUCAUACUCAGUCCUUCACUACUCCGUGAAUGAGACGUUAAAGCUGCCUACCCUAAAGGAAGGUUCAGAACUAGAAAUCACAGCAGACUUGAUCUCACGAUUACAUUGGAAAAACUUGAAAGACCAAAAUAUGAGCAUCACAAGAUUGAAAGGAAACCUCGUCAUGAGUGAUGCCAGAAGGCAGAUUCUACCUAGCGACGAGCUGCCAUGCUCAAAAAGUGAGCCCCUGUUGAUUUGGGGGGCUCUAGAUUUGCGAAGGCUCCUGGCUCGUUUAUCAGAGAUGGGUAUUGGCGGAGCUCUUCAAGAAGACAGUGUUACAGAUGGAUCGAGCGAUGCUUGUAUCUUGCACAUCGACACUCCUAGUGAAGCUUUACUUGAAAUUAGAAGCGCAAGCACUUCAAUCGCUACUGCGAAUGAGGAGUUGGCCUUCGGCAUUCGGGAUGCUGUGAACAGCAUCCUGGAUGGUAUUUGAUCUCGUGUCUUCUUUGUACUCUCGACUUACAAAUGAGCUAACCGAAGAAGCUGCUUCCGGCCAGCCAUAAUGGUGUUGGGGAUUAGAUUAUUGCUGGAAUGUUUUGAUGUAAAGUUUGGAGAGCAA